CUGGAGGCGCAGCACGGUCGCCGCCGCCGCUGUCGGUGCUGGAGAUCGCCGCUCAGUGCUGGCGGCGCCUGUGCCUCCUCCUCUCCUCUGCUAGCCCGCGCUCCGGUCCGCCUGCCGGGGCCGGCUCUCCGCCUCCUGCCUCCCGCCGCAGCCGCGCAGCCGCCGCAGAACCCGCGGCACCACCGCUCGCCCUCCAGGUUCUGCCACUUGCUGGGAAAACAGCAACAAAAGGAUAUUAAGGAGCCACCCCUGUAAUUUACCCAGAUAGCCUCAGCAAGGUCAAAGACACAUCGUGUCCCAAGGAGAAAAGCUGCAGGCAUCUGAGGAUAAACCACUGUGAAACAGCUUUGACGAUAAAGCUGACUUGGAAGACUUUGACUCUAAGGUGCAAGGUGGUUUGGUCACCCUGAGUAUUGCCUGUUCUUUUCUAGUCAAACCUGAUUCAUGAAAUGGAAUGAAGCUGAAAAAUCAUCUACUUCUUUGUGGAUUUGAGAGAAGAUUGGGAUGGUCUUAAGUGCAUAAAACGAGACUCUAACUGCAGCGAUGAGUUCAGAUGAGAAGGGCAUUUCCCCUGCUCAUAAAACAUCCACUACAACCCAUAGAAGUGCCUCCUCUUCGAUAUCCUCCCAAAGGGAUAGUAGGCAGAGUAUUCACAUACUGGAGAGGACUGCUUCCUCUAGCACCGAGCCCUCUGUAAAUCGGCAAUUGCUAGAACCGGAGCCAGUCCCCCUCUCCAAGGAAGCUGACAGCUGGGAAAUUAUAGAAGGGCUGAAAAUAGGCCAAACCAAUGUCCAGAAACCAGACAAACAUGAGGGCUUUAUGCUGAAGAAAAGAAAAUGGCCUUUAAAAGGCUGGCACAAGCGUUUUUUUGUCCUGGAUAAUGGAAUGUUAAAGUAUUCAAAGGCACCACUUGAUAUUCAAAAAGGAAAGGUCCACGGGAGCAUAGAUGUCGGACUGUCAGUCAUGUCAAUUAAAAAGAAAGCUCGAAGAAUAGACCUUGACACAGAAGAGCACAUCUAUCAUUUGAAGGUGAAAUCCCAGGACUGGUUUGAUGCAUGGGUAUCCAAACUGCGACAUCAUCGGUUGUAUCGUCAGAAUGAAAUUGUGAGAUCACCAAGAGAUGCUAGUUUUCACAUAUUUCCUUCAACUUCCACAGCUGAAUCCUCACCAGCUGCUAAUGUUUCUGUAGUGGAUGGAAAGAUGCAACCAAACAGCUUUCCAUGGCAGUCCCCUUUACCAUGCAGCAAUAGCCUCCCUGCAACCUGCACGACUGGCCAGAGUAAAGUGGCAGCCUGGUUACAGGACUCGGAAGAGAUGGACAGGUGUGCGGAAGAUCUCGCACAUUGCCAGUCAAACCUUGUGGAACUUAGCAAACUCCUGCAAAAUUUGGAAAUACUUCAGAGAACUCAGUCAGCACCUAACUUUACUGACAUGCAGGCUAACUGUGUAGAUAUUUCAAAGAAAGACAAGCGGGUCACAAGACGAUGGAGAACAAAAAGUGUCAGCAAAGAUGCAAAAAUACAACUGCAGGAAGGGCCACCUGCGAAGGGCCAGUUCAGCACAACUCGGCGCCGGCAGAGGCUAGCGGCAGCAGUGGCUACAACAGUUCCUUUCAGUGCUACCAUGUCACCAGUUCGCUUGCAUUCCUCCAACCCCAACCUUUGUGCAGAUAUUGAAUUUCAGACUCCCCCUAGCCACCUCACUGACCCUCUGGAAAGUUCAACAGAUUAUACAAAGCUGCAAGAAGAAUUUUGUCUAAUCGCACAGAAAGUGCAUUCUCUUUUGAAGUCUGCGUUUAAUAGCAUAGCUAUAGAGAAGGAGAAGCUGAAGCAGAUGGUUUCCGAGCAGGAUCACAGUAAAGGCCACAGCACGCAGAUGGCACGGCUCCGACAGUCACUGUCUCAGGCACUCAACCAGAAUGCUGAACUAAGGAGUCGUUUGAACAGAAUACAUUCAGAGUCUAUUAUUUGUGAUCAGGUUGUCAGUGUAAAUAUUAUUCCUAGCCCUGAUGAGGCUGGUGAGCAAAUCCAUGUCAGUCUCCCCCUAUCACAGCAAGUAGCCAAUGAGAGCCGCCUCUCCAUGUCAGAGUCUGUUUCUGAGUUCUUUGAUGCCCAAGAGGUGCUCAUCUCUGCAAGUUCAUCAGAGAAUGAGGCUUCAGAUGAUGAGUCUUACAUCAGUGAUGUGAGUGAUAAUAUAUCUGAAGACAACACCAGUGUUGCAGACAAUAUUUCUCGGCAAAUCCUGAAUGGGGAGCUUACAGGAGGGGCCUUCCGAAAUGGGCGUCGAACAUGCCUGCCAGCUCCUUGUCCUGACACCAGUAACAUUAACCUGUGGAAUAUCUUGAGGAACAACAUUGGUAAAGACCUUUCUAAAGUCUCCAUGCCUGUGGAGCUAAACGAGCCACUCAACACCCUGCAGCACCUCUGCGAGGAAAUGGAAUACAGCGAGCUCCUGGACAAGGCUUCGGAAACUGAUGAUCCAUAUGAGCGCAUGGUUCUCGUUGCUGCAUUUGCAGUUUCAGGAUACUGCUCCACCUAUUUCAGAGCAGGAAGUAAGCCAUUCAACCCAGUCCUUGGGGAGACCUAUGAAUGCAUUAGAGAAGACAAGGGAUUCCGCUUUUUCUCGGAACAGGUUAGCCAUCAUCCACCCAUUUCUGCCUGUCACUGUGAAUCUAAGAAUUUUGUGUUUUGGCAAGAUAUCAGAUGGAAAAACAAGUUCUGGGGGAAGUCGAUGGAAAUCCUGCCUGUUGGAACACUGAAUGUCACGCUUCCAAAGUAUGGAGAUUACUAUGUGUGGAAUAAAGUCACCACUUGUAUACACAACAUCCUCAGUGGAAGAAGAUGGAUAGAACAUUAUGGAGAAGUAACCAUCAGAAAUACUAAAAGCAGUGUUUGCAUUUGCAAACUCACAUUUGUCAAGGUGAAUUAUUGGAAUUCUAACAUGAAUGAAAUACAGGGGGUGGUGAUAGAUCAGGAGGGGAAGGUGGUGCACCGGCUGUUUGGAAAGUGGCAUGAAGGACUCUACUGUGGUGUGGCCCCCUCUGCAAAGUGCAUUUGGAGACCAGGUUCCAUGCCAACCAACUAUGAGCUGUACUAUGGCUUCACAAGGUUUGCUAUCGAGCUCAAUGAGUUAGAUCCAGUACUAAAAGAUCUCCUUCCACCAACAGACGCCCGGUUCCGGCCAGAUCAAAGAUUUUUGGAAGAAGGAAAUUUAGAAGCGGCAGCAUCAGAGAAGCAAAGAGUAGAGGAACUCCAGAGAUCUCGGAGACGAUAUAUGGAAGAAAACAAUCUUGAACAUAUACCAAAAUUUUUUAAAAAAGUUAUUGAUGCCAAUCAAAGAGAAGCCUGGGUUUCUAACGACACCUACUGGGAGCUUCGAAAGGACCCUGGGUUUAGCAAAGUAGACAGCCCUGUUCUUUGGUAGACUGGGAAUGUAGAGCUAGCCAACAUAUCAUAUUCUGAAUGAAUAAAUAACUAUGCACAAUUAUGUUUCUUAUAGCUAUGUGUGGUUUCUGGGUCCACUGAAAAACCUACCAUUUGCUUUUCUAUUCAUCUUUAUAAUGGACUUUCAGAAGUGCAUUAGACAAAGCCCCUAACCACUUUCGGAUCCUUUCUGUUUUGCUGCAACCAUAUUCCUUAAAAAAAAAAAAAAAACCACACCAUCCUUGGAAAGCAGAAUAAAAGGAGCAGAAUAUAAAAUCCAAACUCUGACGAGUUUGUAAAGAAAAACAAAUGGUAACUGGUGCUUAAAGCUGAUCGAGAAAGUUAACAACAACAUAGAAACCACACGAUUGUUCCACUGUCUGGAAGCACCAUCCCCUAUCGCAGGACUCCUGGGCCACAAGCAGUCAGUCAGUGCAGGCUUCAAGUGUGUUUGUUUGAUGUGGCGUGAUUGUGCUGGCCUUGUUGAAAAAGAUGUGAUGCUUCUCAGAACCUGUUCCAUCUGUAUGCCAUUGUUCAUGCCUUAAGAAAUGCAAAGAUGUACAAUAAAUCAUUUUU